CGAUCGGCACAAGAGCCAUGGCUCGUCCGUGCAACGUCAUCGACCCCGAGGAACACUACCAAAGACUCGAAAGACUUCUCACCGAGCUCUACCUGGUGCUUCGAACGCUCAUCCAGCAAGGGCUGCCGCUCCUUCCCAUGCCGCACCAACAAUACCCUCCACCGCCUCCACCAUCCUCUGGAGACUCUUCGCAAGAGCCCUCAUCAUCGAGAAGUGGCGGUAGAAGGUGCAGAGAAAAUCGUCCAGGAAGAGGAGGCCGACGACCUGACGACGACCACCAAUCUGGUGGGCCCUGCAAUCACUCAAGACAGAGAACCUGCUGCAAUAAAAUUGAAGACUUCUGCGAAAGUUGUUGCACAAAAGAGAAACACUGGGAAGGAGGCAAACAGAUCCCAUCAACCAACAGGCCCAGAAACAAUCAUCAGGCGCAUAAAAUUCACUGCGAGCGAAGAUUCGGCAAUGAUUUUGUGGUUGACAACAGCAUCCUCCAGGCAGAGAGAAGCACUCGUGUCAAAGUUGGGAGGAACCACCUUUCUUCAGUGACAUAAUUUUGUUUCAACGCAAGUGUCAAAUCUUUAAAGUUAUUUUAGAACUUGAUAUUAAAAAAAAACUGCCAUUAUUUACUCAUUUUAAGAUAUAAGGUGUCU